CAUUUCGAGUUUCCUCAUCCUUUACGUUCCCGUAUGUUCUUUCUCUUCGUGAUCCCCCACGUCCUUUCUGCCCCUUCAUCCUACCGUGGGCCGGCAUUCCUUUAUUACUCCGUCUUCUCACUAUCCUUGACCAGCACCGUGCCGGCCUGUCAUCCUCAUGCCUAUCAUCCCUGUCCCUUUCUUCCCCGGAGACGUUCAUCCCUAGUAUUCCCUUAUUCCUCUCUCUCAUUUCUAAAAUUCCCCCUCCUCCCACGGGGUCCUCGUCCCUCCAGCCUCAGGGGACCCUCUCACCCCCGGUACGGCCACCUCCUUUCCCAGGGUCUAGAGGCCGCGCGGGGCACGCAGCGAGCGCACGCAGCGAGCGCAGCGCGUCGGGGCUGCAGUCAGAGGGGCGCCGCGGGGUCCUCCGGCUCCUCGGCGGCCCCCGGGCGCGGUGCAGUCUGGGGGAACAUGGCCGCUUCCGGUCUCCCUCCCGGGCCGGCGCUGGCCUGACCGCGGCCCCUGCCCGGCGCACUCCGCCCUCCGCUCCUCCCGCCCCGCAGCGGCGGAGGUCGCUUCAGCCUUUCCCUCCCGCUGCCCCCGCCGCGCCAUGGAGAAGAGCUCGAGCUGCGAGAGUCUUGGCUCCCAGCCGGCCGCAGCACGGCCGCCCAGCGUGGACUCCCUGUCCAGUUAAUGUGUUAAGAGCCAUUGACAUUUGAAGAUCAUCAGAAGUGAAGAUAAAACAUCUCAAAAAUUAUAAUUGCUUCCACUUCUCAUUCAGAGAAUUCAGUGCAUACAAAAUCAGCUUCUGUUGUAUCAUCGGAUUCCAUUUCAACUUCUGCAGACAACUUUUCUCCUGAUUUGAGGGUCCUGAGGGAAUCUAACAAAUUAGCAGAAAUGGAAGAACCACCCUUGCUUCCAGGAGAAAAUAUUAAAGACAUGGCCAAAGAUGUGACUUAUAUAUGUCCAUUCACUGGUGCUGUACGAGGAACUCUGACUGUCACGAAUUACAGGUUAUAUUUUAAAAGCAUGGAACGGGAUCCCCCAUUUGUUUUAGAUGCCUCUCUUGGUGUGAUAAGUAGAGUAGAAAAAAUUGGUGGUGCUUCUAGUCGAGGUGAAAAUUCUUAUGGACUAGAGACUGUGUGUAAGGAUAUUCGGAACUUACGGUUCGCUCAUAAACCUGAAGGGCGGACAAGAAGAUCCAUAUUUGAGAAUCUAAUGAAAUAUGCAUUUCCUGUCUCGAAUAACCUGCCUCUUUUUGCUUUUGAAUACAAAGAAGUAUUCCCUGAAAAUGGGUGGAAGCUAUAUGACUCUCUUUUAGAGUAUAGAAGGCAGGGAAUUCCGAAUGAAAGCUGGAGAAUAACAAAGAUAAAUGAGAGGUAUGAGCUUUGUGAUACAUAUCCUGCCCUAUUGGUUGUGCCAGCAAAUAUUCCUGAUGAAGAAUUAAAGAGGGUGGCAUCCUUCAGAUCAAGGGGCCGUAUCCCAGUUUUAUCAUGGAUUCAUCCUGAGAGUCAAGCCACAAUCACUCGAUGUAGCCAGCCCAUGGUAGGAGUGAGUGGAAAGCGAAGCAAAGAAGACGAAAAAUACCUUCAAGCUAUCAUGGAUUCCAAUGCUCAGUCUCAUAAAAUCUUUAUAUUUGAUGCCCGGCCAAGUGUCAAUGCUGUUGCCAAUAAGGCAAAGGGUGGAGGUUAUGAAAGUGAAGAUGCGUAUCAAAAUGCAGAACUCGUUUUUCUGGAUAUCCACAAUAUUCAUGUUAUGAGAGAAUCAUUACGAAAACUUAAGGAGAUUGUGUACCCUAACAUUGAGGAGACUCACUGGUUGUCUAACUUGGAAUCUACUCACUGGCUUGAACAUAUUAAGCUUAUUCUUGCAGGGGCUCUUAGGAUCGCUGACAAAGUAGAGUCAGGAAAGACGUCUGUGGUUGUGCACUGCAGCGACGGAUGGGACCGAACAGCUCAGCUAACUUCCCUUGCCAUGCUCAUGUUAGAUGGCUACUAUCGAAGCAUCCGAGGCUUUGAAGUCCUUGUGGAAAAAGAAUGGCUAAGCUUUGGACAUCGAUUUCAGCUUAGACUUGGCCAUGGAGAUAAGAACCACGCGGACGCAGACCGAUCGCCUGUUUUUCUUCAGUUUAUUGACUGUGUCUGGCAAAUGACAAGACAGUUUCCUACAGCAUUUGAAUUCAAUGAAUAUUUUCUCAUCACCAUUUUGGACCAUCUAUAUAGCUGUUUAUUUGGAACAUUCCUCUGUAACAGCGAACAGCAGAGAGGAAAAGAGAAUCUUCCUAAAAGGACGGUGUCACUGUGGUCUUAUAUAAACAGCCAGCUGGAAGACUUCACUAAUCCUCUCUAUGGGAGCUAUUCCAAUCAUGUCCUUUAUCCAGUGGCCAGCAUGCGCCACCUAGAGCUCUGGGUGGGAUAUUAUGUCAGGUGGAAUCCACGGAUGAAGCCGCAGGAACCCAUUCACAACAGAUACAAAGAGCUUCUUGCUAAACGAGCGGAGCUCCAGAAGAAAGUAGAGGAACUACAGAGAGAGAUUUCCAACCGAUCAACCUCAUCCUCUGAGAGAGCCAGUUCUCCUGCACAGUGCGUCACUCCCGUCCAAACUGUCGUGUGAAAGGACCGUUCGAGAAGGGCCGUCGUUGCCAUGAACUCUGGAUCCCAGUGGCAGCUUUAGGAGCAUAAAGUCUUCUGAAGUUAGAACCCACCUGUGAGAGAAAUUCAGUUGCUUUAUUUAUUGUAAAUCUCUCCAGGAUGGGUUUGGAACUGUAGCAGUGCAGGUGGCAUAAGUGAAAUAACCCCAUAUGUAAUUACGUGAUUAUGACACUAAUCUUCUAAGUCACCCAAAGAAUAUUAAGAUGCUUCCAUACCGGAUCCACAGUGGGAACAAGUUUGAUUUUAAAAUCAAACUACAAACCACUCCAGAAAUAUACCUCUUGAUGGAAGAGAACUCACUGGACAGAGGGAAGGAGCAUCAGUUUUCACACCAAACCAACACUGAAAUUCUGUGGCAUUAUAUAUAUUGAGCCUCGAUGUCAUGAAGGUUCAAAAUCAUUGGAUACACCUUUCCCCAUCAUGGGUUUUUCUUUUCUUGUAGUAUAGUGAUUUACUUUGGUCACCUUUCUGCACCCACACGCUUCACAUACGGUAUGGCAAAGUCUUGAGGACAUUAUGAUGUUAGUAGCAGUUGAAAACUAUUGCUGUUGUUAUUCACGUACUUAAGAUGUGUUAGGUAGCCGUUCCAAAAUGAUGCCUUAGAGAGGUGCUUGGGGUGGGGGGAGCGGGAUGGAGAAGAGAAAGCAGUAGCCGUCCAGGAUUUCAAAGAAUCAUAUGCCCUUUGGAUUACUUUCCAUUGCCCAAUUACUAGAAAAAUAAUGGAACAUAUUUUACAAGUUCCUUAUCACUUUAUUUCAUUUACAUUUUUGUGUGUGUGUCUGAAUAUAGAAGUUAAUUGGUAAGUUGUGAGGCAAUAUUUUAUAAGUUUACUAGGAUUGACUUUUUUCCCCUGAAGUCUGUAUAAAUAGCUUAUGGGUGAGAAGUACUACGCUCAAAUUUUACAUGAAAUUAUUUUACUACUACUUUACUUUGCAAAUUCUGUAAUUCCACUGAGAGAUUAAGUCUACCAAAGAGCUUACUGCAUGUCAAAAUGUAUUACAGUCUCAAUGCCAGUAAAGGAAAUACUGCUUCACUGUUCACCUGCCAGUAACAGUUCAGCACUGGUGUAAACAUCUGACUCCCUGAUAUCCUAAGAGCCAUAUGUUAUGUACUGUAACAAAGGAGCUUCUUCUUGGGUCUUUCAUUAAAAGAAAACUUCAACUGA